CUCUCGCCAUCUCGGCGAGCCUGGGGCCGGCGCCGCUCUCGCCCAGGCCCGCCAGGCGGCCUCGCCAGGCAGGGUCGGUCCCAAGGCUUCAAGGCCACUCCUGCGUGUCGUCGACACAUGCCGCGGUCCCGGUCCCGGUCCCGCUCCCCCCGGCCCCGGUCGACGGGCUCUGCGCCGGUCCGCGCGGCGGUGGCGCCGGACGAGGCCGUGAAGCGCGUGCGGAGCUGCAAGCCUUUCCGGCCAUCCCCGUCAUCAAGAUCGAGGACGCCGCCCACGGGGUGCCCCUCGUCAGGGCUCUGCUCGCUGGCGGCAUCGACGUGGCCGAGAUCACGCUGCGGACGCCCUGCGCCGUGGACGCGAUCGGUCAGGUCGCGAGGGAGUUCGGCGACCAGGUGUGCGUUGGGGCGGGGACGGUGCUGGAGCCCGAGCAGGUCGAUCUGGCUGUGAACGCUGGCGCAUACUCAUG